UUACGCGCGGACAUUUCUCGGAACGUUCUCGGAUCGUUAUAUCAUUUUAUUUCACGAAUAUUAUCAAGGACAAUGACACAGCAAGGGCCGGCUUUCGAUGUCAACGCUAUGACGUUGACACGGUGGGUUCUCGCGCAGCAGAGGACGGCGCCUACUGCCACCGGGGACCUGACUCAGCUCCUAAACUCUAUACAGACCGCUGUGAAGGCUAUACAAUCCGCUGUGAGGAAAGCCGGUAUCGCUAAAUUACAUGGAAUCUCCGGUGACACAAACGUUCAAGGUGAAGAGGUCAAAAAACUGGACGUCCUUUCCAACGACCUCUUCAUCAACAUGCUUAAAUCCUCAUUUACCACAUGUCUCCUUGUGUCCGAAGAAAACCAGACAGUUUUACAGGUAGAAACAGAACGGAGAGGCAAGUAUGUGGUGUGUUUCGACCCUCUCGAUGGUUCCUCCAACAUUGAAUGUCUCGUGUCGGUCGGAUCUAUCUUUGCAAUCUAUAAAAAAAAAUCCGAAGGUGAUCCAGUUGAAUCAGACGCGUUGAAACCAGGAAGGGAGCUAGUCGCUGCGGGCUAUGCCUUGUAUGGUUCUGCUACCAUGAUGGUCUUGUCGCUGGGAAAGGGCAAGGGCGUGAACGGCUUCAUGUACGACCCUUCGAUAGGAGAGUUCAUUCUUACCGACCCUAACAUGAAAAUACCGGAGAAAGGAAAAAUUUAUUCUAUAAAUGAGGGUUACGCAGCCGAAUGGGAUAAAGGUUUGCAAGACUACAUCGAGGAUAAGAAGCGCCCUAAAACCGGCAAAGCGUAUGGCGCUCGUUACGUCGGCUCCAUGGUUGCUGAUGUGCACAGGACUAUAAAAUACGGAGGAAUAUUCAUGUAUCCGGCUACCAAGUCUGCUCCUAAUGGAAAGCUCCGACUUCUGUACGAAUGUAACCCGAUGUCGUUCAUCGUGACCGAAGCGGGCGGUCUGGCAACAAAUGGAAAAGUUCCGAUCCUGGACAUAGUGCCCUCGUCCAUACACCAGCGCGUUCCUUGCUACCUCGGCUCGAAGAAAGACGUUGAGGAAUUACUGAAUUAUUUGAAGUGACAUUUCGCGAAAUCCAAACGUUCUGUAUAAAAAUAAAGACUGUUUUUAAAUGUU